AUGGCGCCCGCGAGGCCGGCGCCGGGGCGGCGGACGGCGAGUUGGGGGACGCCGGGCGAAGGGUUUUCUCCGGCCGGAUUCAAGAAUAAGAAUGUGAAACAGAGGACGUGGCGACCGAACCAUGCGCAGGCCUUCGCGGGGAGCGUUCGCGAGGGACAAGGCUUUGCAUUUCGAAGAAAAUUGAAGAUUCAGAAAAAUUACAAGAAACUGCUAUGGCGGAAAAACAAGGCUCAAACCUCACAGGAAUCCCAAUUCAGAGAUCGAUAUCCCGAUCACCUGAAGCAUCUUUAUUUGGCCGAAGAGGAAAGGCUGAGGGAGCAGCGGAGGAAAGCUCAGCAGCCUUUGUCAGAAGAACAGGUGAAUCAGGCUUUGCCCACAGAACCAUGUGACACUGACCAGGCUUUGUCUGAAGAGCAUUGUAGCAUUGAGCAGCCUCAGCCAGAAGAGCAAUGUAAAGAAGAAAGGAUAAACUUCAUUACUAUUCCCAAGAAAAAUAAAAAGAAAACAUCAAAUCAAAAAGCGCAAGAAGAAUAUGAACGGGUACAAGCUAAGCGUGCUGCUAAGAAACAAACUGGCUUCUUCUGCUUCUCUAUGACCAUGAUGGAAAAAUGGUUACUCAAAUACCAAGCUUAUGUCAACAUUGCUUCAUCUACCCUAACAGGCUGUCUAUGACCUUCAAUUGCAAGUUCUUGAUAAAUCAUUCUUUAUAAAUUUGGCUUUGACAAAAAUUGUGGUAAUUAUUAAUGCUAUUCACCAACUAUUUCUUUCCACCUUGGAAGCAUGUGAUAGGAUUGCACUUCCUAGCUCCAUUGUAGUAGGGAGAAACCAUGUGACUUAUUCUGGUCAAUGACAGUUGUGAUGUGUGUCAUUUAAAUACCAGUAAGAGACUCUCUACAGAGUUUGAUGUUCUUCUGCUUUGAUGAUGAGCAAUGUUACAUUUAAUGGCUACUUGAGUUCCUAAAUGAAGAUAUGCCUCGGCAUCCCUCAAUGGAACAAGAAAUAAACCUUUAUUGUUUUAAAUUA